AAAAAGGUAAUCUUAAUAAACAUAUGAGAGUUCACACUUUAGAGGGCCCUUUCAGCUGCCAACAAUGUGAAAAAAGUUUCACUCAAAAAGACAGACUUAAAGCCCACAUGAGAAUUCACAAUGGAGAGAACCUUUUCACCUGCCAACAGUGUGGAACAUUUUUCGUUCGAAAAUCAAGCCUUAAAAUCCACAUGAGAGUUCACACUGGAGAGAAGCCUUUCACAUGCCCUCAGUGUGGAAAGAGUUUUUCACAUAUAGCAACAAUUAAAUCCCACAUGAGACGUCACACUGGAGAGAGGCCAUAUACAUGUGAUCAGUGUGGAAAGAGUUUCAGACAAAGAGUCGCCCUUAAUUCCCACAAGAAGAUUCACUCAAGAGAUAACAGUUUUAUAUGUCUUCAGUGUGGAAUGAGCUUCACAGACAGUGAUCACCUUAAGAAUCAUGUAAUAACUCACACUGGAGAGAAGCCUUUUAUGUGUCAUCUCUGUGGAAAGAGUUGCUCAAACAAAUCAAACCUUAAUGUUCACGUGAAAGUUCACUCUGGAGAAAAACCUUUCACCUGCCCUCAGUGUGGAAAGAGUUUCACAGUUAAACAAAGCCUGAAGACUCACAUAAGAGUUCACACUGGAGAGAAGCCUUUCACGUGUCUUCAAUGUGAGAAGAGUUUCACAUAUCGAACAGACCUGAAAUGUCAUUUGCAAACUCAUUCUGGAAAGACAUUGCAGAAAAAAGAGCAAUUUCAAAAAUCACCUUCACAGACAAUUUAAUUGUGCAAAAGUUUUUUUAUUACACUGAUGACACCUACAUAUACUCCAGAAAAAUCAUAUGUGAGACUCUAUUUUUGUUCUUUAAGUGGAAAGAAUUUUAAAUGACUUAGCAAUUCACAUAAAAAUAUGUAUCUGUGUGAAAUUAAUUUAGAUUGGAUAUAGGCAUAAGAUUAAUACAGUGGAUUUGAUAUAUUAGAUAAAGAAGCUAUCAGUAUAUUACAAAACUUCCCUCUUGCUGUGAAAUGUCGCAAUAUUUUCCCAAUAUUUUAUAUAUUCACAGUAUUUUGAAUAUUCCAAUCCAAUCUGACCUGUAAUGCUGCCUGAAUCAGAAAUCAUGCCUGGUUUCUACCAAGGUUUUUUUUCCCCUCUAUUCUGUCACCUGAUGGAGUUUGGGUUCCUUGCCACUGUUGCCUCUGGCUUUCUUAGUCGGGGACACUUGAUAUUCAACAUUAUUACUGAUCUGCCUGCAUUGUCACCAUUGUAUUCAAACUGAACUGAGCUGGAUGAUUACAUCACUGUUUUCUCCAGAGCUGCUCUAUAGAUAAGUGAAUUAUUCAUUCUGUUUACAACAGAAUGAAUCAAUACUGAACUUACUUAAGCUGGACAUUGACACUAUUUUCUUCUAGAGCUGCUGUACAGUCAAAAUUAUGUUCCUGCUAUUACUGUAAAGCUACUUUGAAACAAUCUGCAU